AAUAUUGCAACAUUUUCCUGAACCUGAUUAAAAAAGGAUUACAUAAUUCUAUGUCGAUUGUAAUUCGGAAAUAAUUCCUUUAAAUACAAAUUGAAAUUAACCUUUCCCUUCAACCCAAACCUUCAUUGAACUUUCUUGAUUGAUAAUUCCCUAAAACCAGAGAAAAAAGAUGAAUAACUUUCCAAUCAAAAAGAAAACCAACGAAAAAGAAUCUGGUAUUAACCCAGAAACCCCUCCAAUAAACGAUAAUAAGUGUUGCAAACCCUCUAAAAACAGGGGAGACUCUGUUAAGGAUGAUGAACCUCUUGAUUUAUCGCUUUCACUUUGUUGUGGAAGUUUGAAAGGGAAAGAGAAAGUAAUCAAGAAAGUGAUGAAGAAAAAAGAAGAAGAAUAUUAUGAUGGUAAUCUAUGUCUUGCUCUUUCUCUUUCACCUUCUCCGUAUUUCUAUUAUGGAACUUCUUCUUCUUCUUCAAACAAUCAAAUUCCAGAACAAUUAGCCGUUGUUAAUGUGAAUGAACCCAAGUGGACAUUCAAAAAACUCCUGACAGCAACUGACUGUAAAACUGAUCAAGGCCGACUUUUGAUCAACAACAAGAAUUGGGUGGAGAGUCACAUCAUUGAGAAUGAAGAACAGAAACUUGAAACCAAGAAAACAGAAGGUAUUCCGUUUAAUUUCUUCGAUUGGGAUGAAAAUCGUCAAUUUAAAUCAAAUUUGAGAACUUGGGGAACAAAUAGUUAUGUGGUUUAUAAAAAUUGGAAGAUCGAAGUUCUUGACCAACGAAAGCUACAAGAAGGAGAUGAAAUUGGACUUAAUUGGGAUAAAAUUAACAAGAUUCUGUAUUUUAGAGUCUUGAAAAGAAAUCCAAGUCCAGUCAGUUCGAAGAGAAAGAGGGUUUCCAAGGAGGAGAUGAACAAAUAAUCGGGCUUUUUUUCCUAUGCUUCCCGCUAAAAACUGUAAACCCUAGUAAAAGUUCGUUUUGUUAGUUACACGGUUCAGUUAUACGUUAGUCUAAACUUUUUAUUCUUUUUAUUUUUAAAGAUAAGUAGAAGUGCUUCAGGUCGGAACCCCGUUCGGAUUAGCCGGAUAGACACUUUUGAGAGUGGGUGGUUGUGGUGGUAAGGGAAACCCUAGUGGGGGUUGAACUAACCCAGGUGAAAAUCUUUUCCACUAGGUCGAGGCUAGCUGGUUAGUAUGACAGGUUUACAUUAAGUAAUUCUUGUAAUUGAGUGAGUUAGAUUUCUCUAACACUCAAUUACUUUAUGUUUAUGUUAAUGAAUGUAGUAGUAUUUGUUAAAUUCUGAUUUCUUAUGUAGAUGUCGUAUAACUUUUUUUUUUUUUUAAUGACUUGAUUUUAUUAAUGAUUGAAUUUGU